AUGAGCUCCUCGCCCCAUCGUUCUCGCGGCGGCAACGGGAACGGAGACGGUGGAGAUAAUAGGCCGAGAUUCUUCGACGCAAAAACGAAGAUCAAGUGCUGGAACAACGCCGAAAUCGUUCCCGGCCGCCACCCUGAGAGGUGGCGCAAAGACGCCGCUGGCAACAUUGUUUGCAAGCGCUUCAAAGACUGCCUCGGCUGCCUCUGCUACGAGUACGAUCACAUCGUCCCCUUCUCCAAAGGGGGUGAAUCCACUGAAGAAAAUUGUCAGAUACUUCAGUCAAGAGUGAACAGAUUCAAAUCAAAUAAAUAUCAGGUUGAUGCUGAUCAACUCAAAGGAUACUCUUGUGAUGUUAUCUUUACUGACAAGGAGCUCGACAUAAUCGAGAUGGCUGUUUAUGGCGAUGUUAUCCGGCCAGGAAACCAGUGCCGUUGCAGAACUGUUGCCGAGAUGCUUGGCAAAUACAAGUCUAAAGAUGAGACAACUGCAUGCAAGUUGCCAUAGAGAGGAGGAUGAUUCUUAGCUGUUGCAAGCAACUUUUCAAGAUUCGUGGAUUCGAAAGAGAAGCUUACAGGCACUCUCUUUUCUCAUAACUCAGACAAAAAAAAAUAACAGUUGCUUCCACCAUUUUUAUCAGGUGGCCUUGUUUUAGGAUUUUGACAUUUAAAUGGUUUUUGUUAUACACAAUUCUGGGAAAAUGUUACCCUUUAGUUACUGUAAUAUCAACAUUAUAACCCAUAAUGCUGCCAUUAGCAACGUGUUAAAGAUCAAGGUCAUUCAAAGGACAGUAGUAUUUUUUUUUAUAUUAUCUCUUUGGCAUAUGUUAUAGGUUGAGAUGAGAAACCCACUGAUAUGGUUUGUCACCAUAUUAAGUAUGUAAAACACAUCCCAUUUAAACAACAUUUAAUUAUGUAUUAA